AGAGGAUGCAAAAUACUGAACUUCAGGGUUCAUGGCUCUAACUUGUGAGUGCGCUAGCUGGCGAGCUGGAAAAUCCAUCAUCCAUGCAGCUCGUUAUCAGGACUCAGGAGCCCGGAUUCGGGCCGGCCGAGGCUCACGAGUCACGGCCCACGCGUCCCAAGGCUCAACCUCUGGUCGAGGAUCCGCAUAAGGGAAAAUGUCCGCAUGAUAUUAGAGAACCACAGGAGCUAUAAGCAGGAUAAAUAUCCGUGCCAGAGCUUUUCAUGGACACGCUGCCCGGCAUGUGUCGUGUUGUCCAUCCUUGGCCGGUACCCUCCUGAGCUUCCUCCGGUCUUUCCUUCUUCUUUACCCUCCCCUCCCCCGCCUUUUUUUCCUUCUCUUUUCUUUCUUUCCCUUUCCCUCUCAUUGACCACUGUCUUGUCUGCCAUACAUCACGAGACAAAUCGUCACUUCGGUCCUCCUCAAACUUGCCGUCAUGCUCGCCAGAUUUCUGUGGUUGACCGCGGCCUCGGUCGCCACGGUCGCCGGCGAUGUCAUCCGGUGCGCCACUUCGGAGCCCCCCAUCGAGAACCUCGCCGACAACGCCGUAUUCGCCGUCCAGGAGGCCGAGGCCCGCGAAGGCCUGGCUACCGCUCGGUAUUCGCCUGCGCCCAUCGUCGUCCCUACCGUCUUCCAUGUCGUCUCGAUUUCCGACAGACCCCAGGAUGGCUACCUCAGUGACGAAACACUCAUGGCGCAGCUCGACGUAAUGAACGAAGACUACGCCCCCUGGAACAUCGAGUUCUCCCUUAUCAACGUCACCCGGACCAUCAACGUGGUCUGGGCCAACGAUCAGCAGGCCCUGCCCAUGCGUAGGGCCCUCCGCCAGGGCGACUACAGCACCCUCAACGUCUACUUCCUCACCAACGCCAGCGGCUACCUGGGCUACUGCACGUACCCGCGCCAAGUCGAGGAGGGGUCCGACAUCUUCUACCGCGACGGCUGCGUCGUCCUCGCCGACUCCGUCCCCGGCGGCGCCCUCACCCGCUACAACCUCGGCCGCACCGCCACCCACGAGGUCGGCCACUGGAUGAACCUCGCCCACACCUUCCAGGGCGGGUGCGGCUGCGUCGGCGACAUGAUCCACGAUACCCCGCCCUCGGCCAACCCUUCGUACGGUUGCCCUGUGGGGAAGAACUCUUGCCCUGACCGCUGGGGGAUUGAUCCUAUCCAUAACUUUAUGGAUUAUUCUGACGAUGAUUGCAUGAACGAGUUCACGGCCGGACAGGCCUGGCGCAUGCGCAGCGCUUGGAACACUUACCGCAUUAAGAGGUGAUCUGAACCACCGCUACGACACGAGAUCGGAUCAUACCAUUUACAGUUACAUGUUAACUACUGCGGCUUGUUCGAGGCCAAUGUCAUCAUCUAUGAAGCGAAAGUCCAAUUAAGGGAGAAUAGAAGAGUCCUGGUUCACAGUCACGGCCGCAUGAUACGAUCAGGCCAUGCUCGGUCAUAAAAAAUAUGCGUCUCUGAACUCAUGUUCCAGCUAUGCUGUUUCAUCUCCUCAACUCUCUUCAUAAUCAUCUGACUAGGUAUAUGUAGAUAUAGAUACACACAUGGAGUUAGUUAUGCAGAGGUGCUUACUAGAUAGGUACGUGGCAUUGAUGAGUUGCAAGAAAUCCAAGUCGGCAGUAUGAGA